AUGGCGGUGAGGAAGCAAGGUCAGUUCUUGGACAUGUGCUGGGCAGAGGCGUCAGGCUAUUCACCUCCAGGGGGCAUCCUUCACAUGGUUCACGGUGGCUGCCUGAAUGGUAAUACCUCGUCCGUGUUUGGAGUCAAUCUGCGGAGCCACACCGGGUUGCAGUUCCCACCUCGUCCAGAGGCGGCGGUAAGUCCACCGCAGGACCCUGGCCAGAAGGCGGACCUUGGGGUCCUUGGUUUUCGAUCUGGUCCGCCAGAGGGGUAUAAAGGAGGAGGAGCAAGCGCGGCUUCAGCCAUUCGUGGGUACAGUUGCGCCGGGCGUCUCAGGGGCGCCGUCUGGGCGGGAGCCGGGGCUUCGGAGUCGUCACGUCUCCAGAACCGCCCGCGCCUGCUGCUGAUAGAACGAGCUCCUUGUGUGAAGACUGUGAUUAUCCGGGAUGUGUUUGCAGGAUGGUUGGCGGACCUCACGGAACAGCACCAGGAAGAACUGGCCACCAUGAAGGCUCUGGAUGCAGGCACUGCCUUCACACUGGCCCUGAAGACCCACGUGGGCACGUCCAUCCAGACCUUCCGCUACUUUGCUGGCUGGUGCGACAAAAUUCAGGUGACUCCACUCACAGCCUUGAAGUUUACAGAUUUGACCCUGAAGGCUGACAUGGCCAAGGGCGUAGUCAACAUCCUCCUUGGAUCUGAGCAGAAAGAAGAUGUCUACAAAGGUUUCUACAAGUGCACCCAUGGUCCACCUUCAGCUUCACUGUCCUGUGACGUCCUCACAACCCUGUUUCUGGCUUUCCAGUGAUAUCUAACUGGGCAAAGAGGGAAGAAAGGAGAGCCUAAGAGGACCAUGUGGGAGGCUUAUGCACACCUGGAGGUGACAUCAGGACUUCCACCAUAUUCCACAGGUAUGAACUCAGCCCCUUGGCCCCCAGGUGCCGGGAGUCAUGGAAGAUGUAGUUGCUGUCCAGAAACAUCUCUACCCUGUAGAAGGUGGACAGCUAGCCAUCUCUGCCACCAGUCCUACAUGAGAAAAGCAAAUCAGGCAUAUAGGACCGUCAUCUCAGAGUCCCCAAAGACCUGUAUUUCGAACAGGAAGAAGAAAAGAAAAAUGAGUUACCGAUGCCCUGAAAGCUCUCCCCAACUCUUAUCAGGUGCUGCAGAUAUUCUAGAGAUGGAAACAAUAGCAAAGAUCCUGCAUCACUGCCGAACUAUUAGAGCACAGAGCAGAUGUUGGUACGGGAGGACAUUGUUGUUGGAGCCUCUCCUGGGUCUGCCGAGGAAAAAGCUGGCCUUAGUCCUGCAAUAUGCGGGCCGAAUAGUUCUCCUUGGUUACGCGGACCCUCCGACUGCAUUGAAGCUGGUGAUGUGAUUUCUGCCAAGUUCACAGGCAGGUCAAGAGAGCUGUGUACGUACCUUUGUGACAUUUCACUCAAAAUGCUGGUGGUGGGGUGAGGGGCACAAAGAGUAAUUGGAAGGCAACGCCUUCUGUUUUAUGUCUGUUUUAAAAUGCUAAAUGUAUUUCUUUACAGUCAUUGAAAGAAAAGACUGAUUUAAAGAGAUAUCAAGGAUGUGCUAUUAAAUGAUGCACGCAUAGCAGGUAAUCCAUCUAAUACCAUACACUUUUCUUUCUUUCCUUCUUCCUUCCUUCCUUCCUUCCUUCCUUCUUUCUUUCUU